AUGCGGGAGCGCGCACACACCGGCGGCUUCGCGCUCCCAGCCGGUGCCGAGCGCCUGACUGAGGGGAGCGCUAGACCCGGUCUCGGUGGUCUUGUCCUCGGUCGACCACCUCUUGGAAGUUCGCUGAAUUCUAGAAGUCUGAGGAGUUCUGUACCACAGAAGGACGGACGGCCUCCACCGUGGGAAUUACGGUCAUUUAAGCAAAACGUAAGUGAAGAGUCUAACUCCCAGGAGGACUUCAUAAGAGCAGUAUCCCCACCUGUGUCUUGGUACCAGCAUAUCCAGCUGGACUACACACAUUACAGAAUAUGCCGUAUUUUAGAUAUCCCCUGUAAAGUGUGUGGCGACCGCAGCUCGGGGAAACACUACGGGGUCUACGCCUGCGACGGCUGCUCGGGGUUUUUCAAACGAAGUAUCCGAAGGAAUAGGACGUAUGUCUGCAAAUCUGGAAACCAGGGAGGCUGUCCGGUGGACAAGACUCACAGAAACCAGUGCAGGGCGUGUCGGCUGAAGAAGUGUUUGGAAGUCAACAUGAACAAAGAUGCCGUGCAGCAUGAGCGGGGGCCUCGGACGUCCACCAUCCGCAAGCAGGUGGCCCUCUACUUCCGUGGACACAAGGAAGAGAACGGAGCGGCCGCGCACUUCCCCUCCGCCGCACUGCCCACGCCGGCCUUCUUCACCGCGGUCACUCAGCUGGAGCCCCACGGCCUGGAGCUGGCCGCGGUGUCCGCCACCCCGGAACGGCAGACCCUAGUGAGCCUGGCUCAGCCCACGCCCAAGUACCCUCAUGAAGUGAAUGGGACCCCAAUGUAUCUCUAUGAGGUGGCCACAGAGUCAGUGUGUGAAUCAGCUGCCAGACUGCUGUUUAUGAGCAUCAAGUGGGCUAAGAGUGUGCCAGCUUUCUCCACGCUAUCUUUGCAAGACCAGCUGAUGCUUUUGGAAGAUGCUUGGAGAGAACUGUUUGUUCUAGGAAUAGCACAAUGGGCCAUUCCGGUUGAUGCUAACACUCUACUGGCUGUAUCUGGCAUGAAUGGUGACAACACAGAUUCCCAGAAGCUGAACAAGAUCAUAUCUGAAAUACAGGCUUUACAAGAGGUGGUGGCUCGGUUUAGACAACUACGGUUAGAUGCUACUGAAUUUGCCUGUCUAAAAUGCAUCGUCACUUUCAAAGCUGUUCCUACACACAGUGGUUCUGAACUGAGAAGUUUCCGGAAUGCUGCCGCCAUCGCAGCUCUUCAGGAUGAGGCUCAGCUAACUCUCAACAGCUAUAUCCAUACCAGAUAUCCCACUCAACCCUGUCGCUUUGGAAAACUCCUGUUACUUUUGCCAGCUUUACGUUCCAUUAGUCCAUCAACCAUAGAAGAAGUGUUUUUCAAAAAAACCAUUGGCAACGUACCAAUUACAAGACUGCUUUCAGAUAUGUACAAAUCCAGUGAUAUCUAAGCUCUUCAAGUCCCCACUUUCCAAGAUGGGACAGUAUCUGAUGAACUUCUACCCUUGGAGAACAAGUCUCAACUAACAAACCCUUCAGGAAGCAUAAACCUGGAAAUGUGUAGCCUUCAAGAAAAAAAUGUCAAUGGACACAAAACAGUUCCAGUAGCUUUGACCUGCUGCCUCACCCAGGAUAGGGUGGCCCAGGAGGGAAGGGAGUGUGACAGGAUGGCCUGAGCAGGAACUCACUGCUGCCAUGCCCUGGGAAGAGGGCCGAACUGGGGGUUGCCAGAGGCCAUGCCAUUCUGCCUCUUACCUGGAAGAUUGGGCUGAAAUAUCAAAAGUUGAAUUGCAGGUAGAACUUUCUUUUCCCUUUUAGCAUAUAAAGUUGGGUACUGAAUAUAGCUCAGUGUAUAACAUCAUACAGCAGCCUUCAGAACAACUAUCUUAUGUUGGAGAAUUUAUUUUAAAAAUAAUGGUUAGGUUUUAAAUCAAAAGUUUUAUCAAAAUUUCCCCUUCUAUUGUACUACAUCAUGAAGUGGCCUUCAGAACUGAGUUAAUAAAUGAAAGGUAGUUUAUGCUGUGAGAUUUUCUUUUUCUCUGUCUUCUUCCUUUCUCUUUCUUUCCUCCUCCUCCUCCUUCUCUUCCUCCUCCUCCCCCUUGUCCUUCUUCUUCUUUAUACCAUAGGCCAAGCAACCUUGUCAAAGGAAUUGGUGGACGAAAAUGAGAUUCUCACCAGGACUUCAGGUUGGAUAACAUCUCAAAAACAAAAAAGCUUUACUAAAAGAACACAAGUUGAGGGAGGAAGAAUAAAAACAGCAAAACCAAAUAAAGUGGAGAUGAAUGAUGGAGUGAGGGAGACUGCUGUCCCAUUAACAUAGUGCUGAAACCAAAGGCAAUGGGGAUGCAAACUCGUGUUUCAGCAAGUCACACCAGACAGUAAAUGAACAGAGACGUGAGGCCAGAAGGAACUUCAAGGAGAUGAACGCCAAAAGGCUUCUUCAUUCAUUGCUAACAGCCUGAGACUCUUCAAUACCUUUCAGAAAACUGGUUUCUAGUAAAGCUUUGUACGCCUGCAUGUGUGCACACAUACACUUCGUCCUACACUAUAAGCUGCUCCUUUGGUAUGAAUUUCUACUUACGGAAAUGUAGAAACAAACAUUUAAAAAUAGCUGCUGUACUUUUCACAUUUUGAUUUAUUAGAUACUAGCACUGAGGGAAAAUAUUCAACACUUGGACUAUCAUAGGAUGAGUAAAACUUUUCUUGUACAAAGUGAAUUAACUUGAUUUGUGAAGUUAAAAUGUUGUACUCAUUGUAUUUACAAAGAAUAAAAAGUAUAUUGAAUUUAAAUGAACUCUGCCUAAUUUCUUAGCCUCCCUCCCUGGCUGGUUCUCAUCCACCAGAUACAAGGUGGCGGCCGCAGCUGGUGUAAAAACUGAAGUUUGGAGCACUGCAGCCUGAAGAACUGAACCACAAAGGCAAUUUCCUUUUUACAGUGAAUCCCAUUUGUAAAGUGAUGAAUAAAGAAAUAAAACAUAAGAUUCCAUUCUCUGCAGCUCUCAAAUGUAAUUGCAUCUGUUAGAAAAAUUGCUGUGUGAGGAAGAAAGAGGCCGAUUAACAGAGUCUUCAUUCACUCACUCCUCUGUUUCUAAUUCUCUUGCCAACAUUUCAGUCCUGACCAGGAACUUGAAAUUAUUUAAUGAUCAAAAAAAUAAAGUGUGGAGAACCAUUUUGGUGAGUAAGAUGUGGAAGGAGCAGUAGAAAGUGCAUUCAAAUGUUCUCAGAGAAUCUCAGGGCACUGGUUCCACAGCCAGAGGCUAGUGAUGGAAAUCAGAGGUGCCCAAGGCCAUGGGCUCCAUGGGCUCCUUCUGGGCAGCAUCUCCAGCAGGAGUCUAGGGCAGAGGCACUAGCAGCUCUUGGCUAAAAUGACCUUGCACAGAGCAUGUGUGCAAAAUCAAUGUCAUCCACUGCUUGUCUGCUGAUUCUACCAAGAAGUUCAUCUUAAAGGAAAAGGUACUCGAAGAUGUGUACAAGAAUGUUCCUUGCAACACUGUUCAUAUUUAACAACCAAAAUGUCCACCAGUGGAGAAUAGAUACAUUGUGGUAAGUAUAGACAGUCUUACAAUAGUUAAAGUGAAUGGACUAGGGCUGAUGUAUCAACAUAGGUGAAUCUGAAAUACAGUGUUAGGCAAGGGUAGGAAGUGAAUCCCAGAGCGUAGAUACAGCUUGGUAUUUAUAUAAAGUUUUGUA